AUGGAAGAGAACAGUGAAAGAACAGGCAAUAAAGCAAACAAUGUAAAAGAUGAAUGCGCAAGCACAUCACAUAAAUUCACCAGAGAUGAAAUCAAUGCUGUUCUUCUCGAAUCAUCGUCCUCGCUCAACAAAAACAUUCAGUCAAUUAUAGAGGACCAUUCUGGAAAUUACUGCAGCAUCUCCGAUAUUCACAAUAGUACGUACAAGGACGUAUUAAGUGUCAUAUUUGAUGUAAUCUUUGACACUCCUAACUACAAAAAGCAGGUAUCUCUCAUUGAUUCUAUUUUAGACUCUUCUCCUUGUUUUUUCCAUGCCUUGCUCUUCCAUUUUACGAUUGAGCACUUCAAAGGAAUCCCUACAGACAGGAAGGAUAAAUUCUAUUAUCUUAUUAAAAGGACUUUUAAUAGAGUGCCUCUAGAGUACUUAUUAGAGAUUAAAGACUGGGAUGUAGCGGAGUAUAUUUGGAGUAUGGUGGAGAACAAAAAUGAGCUUGAAGACUGGGAUGAUCAUAGAUUCAUAAGGUAUGUAAUUAGCUGCAAGCCAUUCAUUUUGAAAAGUAUAAAGAUAAAGCUAGACAGGAACAUAGUUAGAGGGUGCUUGGACGAGCCUAUGAGUUCGCAAGCACGGGAGGCACUGUAUAGAUUAUCAGAAUAA